GUUUCAUUGACUGUAGAAGAACAGCCGCUAUCUGACAUAUCAGUACAUUUGUUUUCGAGAUUGAAGGUAGCUUUCAGCCGUUAUGCGGGCUAUAUUUUUAUUAUUCUUGCUGGUCAGUUUUUAUGGCACAAGAGGUUUUCCAGACAAACGCGAUGUGUCCGGGAAAGACACUCAAGCCAAUGAAGAUGACGCAAAGGGGGCAGGGAUAAAGACAGAGGAGAAGAAGACAGAGGAGAAGAAGACAGAGGAGAAGGAGGCAGAGGAGAAGACAGAGGAGAAGGAGGCAGAGGAGGAGAAGACAGAGGAGAAGAAGACAGAGGAGAAGACAGAGGAGAAGACAGAGGAGAAGAAGACAGAGGAGAAGACAGAGGAGAAGAAGACAGAAGAGAAGAAGACAGAGAAGACAGAGGAGAAGAAGACAGAGGAGAAGAAGCCAGAGGAGGAGAAGACAGAGGAGAAGAAGACAGAGGAGAAGGAGGCAGAGGAGAAGAAGACAGAGGAGAAGAAGACAGAGGAGAAGAAGACAGAGGAGAAGAAGACAGAGGAGAAGAAGACAGAAGAGAAGAAGACAGAGAAGACAGAGGAGAAGAAGACAGAGGAGAAGAAGCCAGAGGAGGAGAAGACAGAGGAGAAGAAGACAGAGGAGAAGGAGGCAGAGGAGAAGAAGACAGAGGAGGAAAAGACAGAGGAGAAGAAGACAGAGGAGAAGGAGGCAGAGGAGAAGACAGAAGAGAAGACAGAGGAGAAGAAGGCAGAGGAGAAGGAGGCAGAGGAGAAGAAGACAGAGGAGAAGAAGACAGAGGAGAAGGAGGCAGAGGAGAAGAAGACAGAGGAGAAGAAGACAGAGGAGAAGGAGGCAGAGGAGAAGAAGACAGAGGAGAAGAAGACAGAGGAGAAGAAGACAGAGGAGAAGGAGGCAGAGGAGAAGAAGACAGAGGAGAAGGAGGCAGAGGAGAAGAAGACAGAGGAGAAGAAGGCAGAGGAGAAGGAGGCAGAGGAGAAGAAGACAGAGGAGAAGGAGGCAGAGGAGAAGGAGGCAGAGGAGGAGAAGACAGAGGAGAAGGAGGCAGAGGAGAAGAAGACAGAGGAGAAGAAGACAGAGGAGAAGGAGGCAGAGGAGAAGAAGACAGAGGAGAAGAAGACAGAGGAGAAGGAGGCAGAGGAGAAGAAGACAGAGGAGAAGGAGGCAGAGGAGAAGAAGACAGAGGAGAAGGAGGCAGAGGAGAAGGAGGCAGAGGAGAAUAAGCCAGAGGAGAAGGAGACAGAGGAGGAGGCAGAGCCAGUGGAGAAUCAAGAACUUGAGGAUGUGGAGAACAAGAACCACCCUGGGGAAGCUCUCGCCCCCGAGGAUGCCAAAAGCAGCCACUUCUUUGCCUAUCUCGUGUCUACAGCCGUGUUGGUGGCAGUCCUCUACAUUAGUUACCACAACAAGCGUAAGAUCAUUGCCUGUGUUGUGGAGGGACAGAAGUCCAGAUCUUCACGUCGACCCAAAGCCACAGAAUACCAAAAGCUGGAACAGCAUGCAGGCUUUUAAUUGGUCGAAAUCUGUCACGAUUUUCAAACAGUAGUGAACAGUCCAUGUGUGUACAAACGAGGGGGGUUAAGUUCACCCACUACUAAGUCCUCCCUGUUGCUGUGAAUGGGAAGUUUUCUACUGUCAUGAAAAUCAGUGGGUUGAAUCAGAAUAUGUAGAAGACAGUCAACAUACAGCUGCUGGUUAGAAAUCUGUGAUUUGAUUGUUGGUGUGUCAUUAGAUUAACUUUGAUUCCACUUUCUGUGAUUUGAGUUGUGAGACGAUGUAGGCCAAAUUAUUUUAUUUUUAUGGUUUGCUUUUUGCAUGACUAUGCAGUGGUCACUGUGGCCUUAUUGAGGGACUAUGUGGAAAUGAGAAUUGUCGACUAUCCAUUUCCAUUUCUGUUGUCGGCCUUUCGCAUUGACUAAUCCGACCACACAGUACCAACUCAGGGGCGUUUUCUUAGAUUUUUGGGGGGAUUAAUGGAGAAAAUGUUUUUUUUCUGUGUGUCCAACUUCUGUCUUGCUGCGCAAAGCCAUUUCUUAUAGGGUUUGGUCAAAAUCCUACUUUACAGGUGGUAUUUCAGGACAGUGCUUUGAAACCUGCCAUGAUGGCCAAAUGAAUGUAAUGGGCAGAACCUACUAUCCCAACGUUGUAGAGUAGUGUAUUUAUUGCUUACUUAAAGGGAGUCCAUUAUUGAGGGGAUUUAAAAGUUGCCUGCUAUUAGUAUUUGCACUGAAGCUAUCUUGAAGGAUUUAAUUGACAAGAUGUGCGAUUGAUGGCAUGGAUUAUGAGUCAUUUAAGCAUUCCUAGGGUAGUUCCCAAAACGCUGUAAUUCACCUUGAUUAGAGAUGGGCUUUUCUUGCUGAUCCAGAAUGCAAGACAUUUUAUUUCACAUAGUUACAUUAGAAUUAACUGCCAAAUGUACAGUCUGAACAGUUUUGUCUAUUAUAGACAACAAGUGGACACUAAUGACUGUGCCAAUAUAUGUACAUGUUAACUGUGUGUCUGCUUCUUAAUUUGUCACUAUUGUACAAGAUUUCUCCCAAAGAACUUGUUGCUUACAAACUUUCGUUGUUUUUUUGAAUGCUGGACCAAUUAAAGAUGAAUGGGGUGUGAAAUUAAA